GCCUGGCUGCACCGUCUAGGGAAAUACAGCACCCCUGGGAUCGAGAAGCUCGCGUCGCAGUACCGCAACGGCGCCAAAUGCCGCUGCGUCGAGGUCAAGAACGGCUCCUUCAACUGGUGCUUCAAAGUGGUGUUCGAGAAUGGCGGGCCCACGUGGGCAGUGCGCUUCCCUGUCGCGGGCAAUGUCAUGCACGCCGAGUCCAAAGUGCAGCGCGAAUACGCCGUCAUGAAAUUCGUCAGGGAGAAGACGGACAUUCCUGUCCCCGAGGUUAUUGCGUUUGGCGCGGCGUCAGAUAAUCAUGAUCCGGCCAUGGGCCCGUUCAUUAUCACGGAGUGGGUUGAGGGCGUGCCGCUGAGCAGUCUGAUGGAACAGCUCCCCAGACCGGCGCGGGGGCCAGUUUUGCGUACGGAUCUCAGUGACGAGACGCUUUUCGCUAUCUAUCGUCAGGUAGCCAAUAUCAUGUUGGAACUGUCAAGGCAUAACUUCGACAAGAUUGGCGCCCUGUCACUUGUCUAUAAUGACGAUGGUACGCCUUCUUGGCCUGUGACAUCUAGGCCCAUGACCCUGAAGAUGAACGAGAUUGAGAGAGGCGGAUAUGUCACGGUGGAUAAUCAUGUACGAGAACCAUUCCGAACCGUCACAGAAUACGUUCACAACCUCGUGCAGCAAAACAUCACGCAUUUAUUUGAGCAAAGGAACUCAGUCGACGAUAUUUACGAUGCGCGGCGGAAAUACAUCCUUCGCCAGCGCGUCAAGAACCUCAUCCCGUACUUCGUCGCACCAGAGUACGAUUCCGGCCCGUUCAAACUCCUCUGUGAUGACUUCCAUCCCGGGAACAUCCUCGUCAAUGACAACAUGGAAGUCGUGGCUGUCAUCGACUGGGAAUGGACGUACGCGGGCCCAUACCAGUUUGUGUACUCGCCACCGCCGUGGCUCAUUCUCGAGAACCCAACGUCGUGGACCGAUAGGAGCGAGGCUCUCUACAAAGCGAAAUUCCCGCUAUUCCUCAGGGCCUUGGAAGAAGAAGAGGUGCGCAGAGGCACGCGGCUCCCGCCGGAACAUAGGAUGUCAGGACUGAUGCGGCGGUCCGUCGAAGAUGGGAAAUUCUGGUUUAACGAGCUGAUCCGCGAAUCGUUCAAUUUUGACGAGGAUGUUCUGUGGCCAAAUAUCGAGUUGCUGCUUCAGAAGAGCGGUCUUGCGGAUGUGGGGAUCCCGAGCGACCAGGAGGUGGAGGACUUCGUGAAGAGGAAGAUGCAGGAUUUGGAGACAUAUAAUAGAGAUCUGCAGGUAUUGCGGCGGAAGGAAUUAGAGAGUGAGGAGGGGAUAACUGAAACUUGGCAGGAGAACGUGGCUACAGAAACG